AUGGAGGAUCUCCCACCCCCAGUGCAGGGCCCGACCGCGAAGGAGAAGAAGUACGACCGUCAACUACGCCUCUGGGGAGCCACCGGCCAAAUCGCACUCGAGAACUCACAUAUCCUCCUCAUAAACUCUGGGCCGGGAGUCGUUGGUGUAGAGACGCUCAAAAACCUCGUUCUGCCCUGCAUCGGUAACUUCACCAUCCAAGAUUCGGCCAUCGUCAGCGAAGCAGAUCUAGGUGUCAACUUCUUCCUGGAGGACCAGCAUUUAGGAGGCUAUCGGGCUGAACAUACGUGCAAUCUGCUCAAAGAGCUGAACCCAGAUGUGGACGGCCAUUUCAUCACAGAGCCUCUAGAGUCAUGGCUGGCGCAACCUGACGCUCUGCGACCAUAUACCCUCAUCAUCGCGACCGCGCCUAUCCGUCCCGAAAUCCUCGCCAAGCUCUCCGAUCACGCAAGCGCUGCGCUCAUUCCGCUAUUCUACGUCCAUUCAGUCGGCUUCUACGCACACUUCUCCGUACACCUACCUCCAGCGUUCCCCAUCGUGGACACACAUCCUAGCCCAGAGACCACGUCAGAUCUCCGGCUGUUACAGCCAUGGCCAGAGCUUGUCCAAUACGCGGAGGAGAAGACGGCCGAUCUGGACAACAUGAAGGCAGAAGAUCACGGUCAUGUCCCAUGGAUAGCACUGCUGCUGCACUUCCUCGAGCGUUGGAAGAAAGACCACGGUGGAGAGGUACCACAGACGUACAAGGAGAAGACAGAGUUCAGGACAUCAGUAGCGCAGGCUGCGCGCACAAACAACCCAGAAGGUGGCGAAGAGAACUUUGACGAAGCAGUGGCGGCAGUUCUCAAGUCAUUGAACCCACCACAAGCUAGCAGUUCCGUCAAAGAGAUCUUCACGGCGCCGGAAUGUCUUCUGGUCCGCGAGGACUCACCAAGCUUCUGGGUCAUCGCCAAUGCUAUCGGCCUGUUCUACACCAAGUACAACGUUCUCCCGGUACCCGGCUCUGUGCCCGAUAUGAAGGCGCGAUCAGCAGACUAUAUCCAGCUGCAGAACGUAUACAAGUCGAAAGCACGAAAGGACCUGGCGGAGGUGGUGGAUAGCGUGCGGUUCCUGGAGCGGAAUGCUGGCCGUAGCACGCCGAUUGACGAGAAGGACAUCGAGACUUUCUGCAAGAAUGCUGCACAUAUGAAACUAGUGCGCGGACGGCCGUUCCACGUUGUGCAAGCAGGCGAGAAGAUCAAGUGGGGAGACCGUGCGAAGUCGAUCGCUCAGCUCCUCACAUUCCCCGACUCGCAGAUCCCGCUGUACAUUGCAUUCCUAGCAUGGGACGAGUUCCUUGCAACACACGAUCAAGAUGGUCUGGGCGGAGCACCCCGCGUUGCUGGAGAGAGCGAUGUUGAAACCGACUCAGAGAAGCUCACUGGGAUCGCCUUCAAGAUUGCGAACGAUCUUGUCAAAGAGGCAAACGCUGACAUCGAGGAGGACGAGUACGCGACAAUCAAAUCACAAAUUGGAGAAUACACCCGCGAGCUUACACGAGCUGGUGGCGCUGAACUCCACAACAUUGGUGCCCUGACUGGUGGUAUUGUUUCGCAGGAGAUAAUCAAGGCUAUCACCGAACAAUACGUUCCAGUUGAUAAUACCUGUGUAUUCGAUGGAAUCAAGAGCAAAAGCACCGUUUUCAAGGUCUAA